UACUGUUUUAUUAAUAUUGUUUUUGUUAUUAUUUUUUUUUCCGCUACAAACGUCCGUAGAGAAAAUAUAGAAAAAAGUAUCGCACAGUUUCGUAUCCUCAUUUAUGUAUGAGUGUGUGUGUGUGUGUGUGUGAGUGUAAGUGUGUAAGUGUGUGUCUAACCUGUUAAAUUAAUAUAAUAUUUCCGUUGUCCGUUGAUUUGUGGUCUGCUGAGUUUCAACACAGAGAACAUGACCAAUAUUUAUAAAGUCUACGCUCCGAGUACUGGACGACCAAUUUAUCAGACAAUUAAUGUUAUUGAGUCUUUGCUUAGCUUGUUCUAUCCUAACAUUUCUGUUUGAAUAUUGUCCAUAUAAGUGUCCGGUAUGAAACGCGUACCGAUUGGUCAUCUGUUAAAUUAAAUAAAAAUAAUUUUCAAAAUUUGUUCCUUUUUUAAAAUCUAUUUACCUAUAAGUGACGUGAAAUAACUGUAGAGAAUACAAUUUGGAAUAAUUCAUCGUUAAUCAAGACAGUAGCUAGCACAAACACUACGAAAAUGGGAUCCAUGUUCAGGAGUGAGGAAAUGGCCUUAUGUCAGCUUUUCAUACAGCCUGAAGCCGCUUAUGCAUCUGUGGCCACAAUGGGGGAAGAAGGUGUUGUACAAUUUCGAGACUUAAAUAGCGAAAUGAACGUCUUCCAGCGAAAAUUCGUCAGCGAAGUACGGCGUUGUGAUGAACUAGAACGCAAAUUACGUUACAUUCAAGCUGAAGUGCACAAAGACCAUGUGCACGUUCCUGUACCCGAAAGCAGCGUUUUCCCAUUUGCUCCAAAUCCUAGAGAAAUUAUUAACCUAGAGUCACAAUUAGAACGCACAGAGAGUGAAAUUCUAGAGCUUAGCCAUAAUGCCGUUAACCUAAAAUCUAACUACCUUGAGCUCACUGAACUCAGGCACGUUCUUGAAAAAACACAUGCAUUUUUUGAAGAGCUUGAUAUGGAUUUCUUAGACCAAGAUGGUACGAGCGCAUCAGGCACGGAUUCCCUCACAAAGGCUCUUAUCAGUGAUGAAGCUCUUAAUAGUCAGUCCCAAGUCACUCGGGGCCGCCUCGGGUUUGUUGCCGGAGUCGUGCCCCGAGAGCGAGUACCUGGUUUUGAGCGUAUGUUAUGGCGUAUAAGUCGAGGCAAUGUGUUUUUACGACGAGCUGAACUUGAAGAAUCCCUUGAAGACCCAGCUACAGGAAAUGAAAUUUUCAAAACUGUGUUUGUGGCAUUCUUUCAAGGGGAACAGCUUAAAUCCCGUGUUAAAAAAGUUUGUUCUGGAUUCCAUGCGUCAUUUUAUAAUUGUCCAAGUGCGCACUCUGAAAGACAAGAAAUGUUAAAGGGCGUAAAAACUAGACUAGAAGAUUUAAAUAUGGUGCUAAAUCAAACUAGAGACCAUAGGCAACGUGUGUUGACUACUGUAGCAAAAGAAUUGCACAAUUGGGGUGUUAUGGUACGCAAAAUGAAAGCCAUAUAUCAUACUCUUAACCUAUUCAACAUGGAUGUUACCAAAAAAUGUCUGAUUGGUGAAUGCUGGAUACCAAUUAAAGAUUUAACAUUCAUCAGACACACAUUAGCCGAAGGCAGUAAAGCCGUAGGCAGCUCAAUACCUUCAUUUUUAAAUAUAAUUGACACUAAUGAAAAACCACCAACGUUUAAUCGAACUAAUCGGUUCACGCAGGGCUUCCAAAACUUGGUGGAUUCAUAUAGCGUUUCUGGUUAUCGAGAAGUUAAUCCUGCAUUAUACACUAUAAUCACAUUUCCAUUUCUUUUUGGUAUAAUGUUUGGUGAUGCUGGCCAUGGGAUCAUUUUAACAGUGUUUAGUGCAUAUAUGGUCAUUUAUGAACAACAACUGUCCAAAACAAAAUCUUCAAAUGAAAUAUGGAACAUAUUUUUUGGCGGUCGCUACAUAAUCUUGCUCAUGGGAUUCUUCUCAAUAUAUACUGGCAUUGUAUACAACGACAUAUUUUCUAAGUCUGUAAAUUUAUUUGGCUCCAGUUGGUCCAUCAAUGAAAGUACAAGUUCUAUAAUGGGAAACAAAAGUAUUACAUUGGACCCUGCUACUAACGAUUAUUCUCAAAAACCAUAUCCAUUGGGACUUGAUCCAGUUUGGCAGGUCGCUAUCAAUAAAAUAAUAUUUCUUAACUCGUACAAAAUGAAACUAUCAAUAAUUUUUGGAGUUGUCCAUAUGAUGUUUGGUGUUGUACUCAGUGUUGUAAAUCACGUCCAUUUCAACAAAAAAAUCAACAUACUACUACAGUUUAUACCACAAAUGUUAUUUUUGGUAUUAUUAUUUUUAUAUAUGGUGUCUUUGAUGUUUAUGAAAUGGAUUUGGUAUGGUCCUAAAAAUUCUUUAAAGACCAGUCCUAGAUGUGCACCGUCUGUGUUAAUUAUGUUUAUCAAUAUGAUGCUUUUUAAACACACAAAACCAUUUGAUGGAUGUGAUGAAUACAUGUUUGAAGGACAAGAUCGUUUACAAAAGAUAUUUGUUGUGAUUGCAAUAUUGUGUAUUCCUGUGAUGUUAUUAGGCAAACCAUUGUACAUAAUUUUAUAUGAGAGACGGCAUCAUAAGUCAGAUAGCUCCGGAGAACUGAAUGGGAGCAUCGAAUUGAGAGAGACUGAAUUAAGUGGCAUGCUUAAUGAGGCGGCUGGCCAUGAAGAAGAAGAACCUGCUUCAGAAAUAUUUAUUCAUCAGUCAAUUGAAACCAUUGAAUAUGUUUUAAGUACUGUUUCACAUACAGCCUCAUACCUUAGGCUUUGGGCACUCUCUUUAGCUCAUGCACAAUUGUCCGAAGUACUGUGGAACAUGGUUUUGAGGAUGGGUUUGACCAGUGACACUCAUUGGGGUGCUAUCAAAUUGUAUAUAAUGUUUGGUUUGUGGUCUCUAUUUACACUAGCCAUAUUGGUCAUGAUGGAAGGCCUAUCAGCAUUCCUACAUACACUCCGAUUGCACUGGGUGGAAUUCAUGAGCAAGUUCUACGUUGGCAACGGGCAUGCAUUCCAGCCAUUUUGGUUCAAACAUGUACUUGAAAAUGAAGAAGCUGUUGAGGACUAA